CAACGAACUUUUAGAGUCUGCUGAUGCCCCACUGGAGAUGACAGAUGGUUAUAUAAAAUCAAUUUCUUUAUCUGUACCCUGGGCUUCAUUGUUGCAGGAGAACUGCGCUCUGGAAGUUGUGGGACUUGAAAUGGUUUUCAGACCAAGGCCGCGAUUUGCAUCUGGUUCUGAGCCAAUGUACUGGUCAAGCUUUAUGACCAGUAGUAUGCAGCUCGCAAAAGAAUGUCUUAGUCAGAAGUUUACAGAUGAUCAAAGUGAAGGGCCGCAACCAAUUGAAGGACUUGAGAAAUUUGCAGAAACAAUUGAAACAGUUUUAAGGAGAGUCAAAGUGACGUUUUUGGAUACUGUACUUCGAAUAGAGCAUGUACCUGAAAAUUCCAAAACGGGAGUAGCACUAGAAAUUCGAAUUAGUAGGAUUGUGUACUGUGAUGAAAGUGGAGAGGAAUGUGGGGGAAUUAAUGUCCAUCAGCCCUCAGCAUUUGCACACAAAAAGCUAGAAUUGUCUGGUGUUACUCUCUUUUGGGAAGAGUUUUCAGGAUCUUCAAAAACAUCUCCUGUAACAUCAAUUGCACAUCAGGAAACUGAACCAAAGUUGUCUCCUAGCUGGAACCCCAAAAUUGUAUAUGAACCCCAUCCACAGUUGACACGCAUUAUGCCUGAAGCUGUUCCUUUUGAGCCUGUGCAGAUUGGCCUGCUUGUGGGUACAAUGGAAGUUAGUUUGACACUGAAACAAAAUGAAACCAUUCCUGGAGCUAAGUUGGAUGUAGAUGGGCAUAUGGACUCUGUACAUAUUUUUCUGUCUCCACGACAAGUGCAUUUACUGUUGGACAUGAUUGGAACCAUUACAGGACCAGAAAACACAGACAGGACAUCGCUGGCAAAUAAAGACAAAAAAAAUCGUCCAAUGCAGCAGGAAGAUGAGUAUCGUAUUCAGAUGGUACUCAACCACUGCUUGAAAAAGGAACCGUUUUCAGCAGGAACACCAGCAGAACAAAGUUUCUAUGAAACUGAUACAGUACGUACAACACCGAGUAGAGAGGAUGAUAUUUUCUUCUCGAUGGCAGACAUGGAUAUGUCUCACAGCACAUCUUCUCUUCCUCCUCUUGGAGAACCACCAACAGAAGAUUUGGACUUAUCUUUAAACAGCACGUAUGUCAGCUCUCCAGCAGACUCUCCUACUAAUGUCACUGGGCCACAGUCCGUUUGGGGAGACUACUCAGAACGUCCAGGGAUGGAGGAUCAAACAACAAAGGAUUCCUCAUUUUUUUCCAGAAGGAGCCCUGUUCAGAACAGGCCUCUUCAGCGGGCUGCUCUUCCAUCAAAAUCCAUUUCUGUGGAUGAUUCCAGACCCAAAGUUGUUUUCAAGCUGGUGAUAGGUGGCUUAACAGUAUCAGUGCUGCAUAUUGAUCCACUUCCACCAGCAGAAUCUUCACAGAACCUCAACCCGCUGACACCAAUGACUUCAAGUUUCUUUGGCCAAAUAGAAAAAAUUGAUCAGAAGAUACUGACUGCUAAAGAUUUUCUUCACCUUCGACAAGUAUUUUCAGAGGCAUGUUCUCAUGACCACCUUAGGUUUCUGAGCACUAACAUUAAAAUAGUGUAUGAACAGAGACAAAGCACAAAUUCACGAUGGUUUAGUACGGACAUAGCAGUUGGAGAAAUGGAACUGCUGGAAUGCCUUUUUCCCACAGAUUCGCACUCUGUGCCCUCACAGUAUACAGAGCUCAUCACUUUUGAUACCAAGAAGAGGAACAAUUCUCAUUCUUCCGCAUGUCUCCAUCUACAGUACAAACACUCCGAACGAAGGGGAGCGCAGGGAAGUCAAGCGAGACUAAGCUGUGUACCACAGAAGGCAGAGUUACAGCUAGAGCUACUUCCAGUUUUCUCUGAGGUGGAUAUUAGUAUUGUAGACAGGCUAAACUCUUUACUUCAACCUCCAAAGCUAGCCACAGCAGAGAUGAUGGCAUCACACCUUUAUACCUCAUAUAACAAGCUUGUCAGUUUGCACAAAGCAUUUGCAGAGGUUUUCUUGGAUGAGACUCGAACUCACACAAACCGGCGAGUUUCCAUUCUUUUAACUGCUCCAGUCUUGAAUCUUAGUAUACGUUUUCCAAUACCUGACCUACGAUCUGACCAAGAGAGGGGCCCGUGGUUUAAAAAAUCCCUUCAAAAGGAAAUCCUUCAUGUAGAACUUCUGGAAGUGGAGUUUAAAACUGAAUUCAGUGGUAGUUCAUCCCCAGAGCAGAUCAAAUUAGAAUUUACUUUUAAAGGUCUAACUGCAAAAUUUCAAGAAGACAAACAUACGCCACCAUUCAGUUUCUUCAGAGUCUUACAAGCUGUAGAUGGAGACAUGACAUCGUCAGACAGUGGCAAAUUUGAUUGGCCAAGAAUUGUUCUGAAGAUGAAUCCUACUGCAGUGCAUUCAGUUCUGGAAAGGAUAGCUGUAGAAGAAGACAGUCACUUUCAGGAGGAAGAAGAAAAUGGUGCCCACUCUUUGAAGGACGUUUGCGAUUUGAAAAAACCUAAACCUUCUCCAUUCUCCUCCAGAAGAGUCAUGUUUGAAAAUGAAGAGAUGGUGAUGCCAGGAGAUGCAACUGAAAUGUCAGAUUUCCAAGAUAAAGCAAUGGUUAAUUCUCGUUAUGUGCUAGAACUUUCAUUUCCAUAUAUUGACUUAACAUUGCCAAACAAAGAAUUUUAUGAAAAAAUAUAUAACCGGAUCAACAAUGAUUUGCUGCUGUGGGAACCUACAGCACCUUCGCCAGUAGAAACAUUUGAAAAUAUUACAUAUGGGAUUGGACUGUCAGUGGCCAGUCAACUAAUAAAUACCUUCAAAAAAGAGAGCUUCAGUCCAUUUAAAUCCACCAUUCAAGACGAUGAAGAAAGUGAAUCAGAGGAGGAGACUUUACAUUUUUACACAGGAUCUGAACCAAACCAUCGCUCUCGCAGAAAAAGAAAGUUAGAAACUCAGAGCAGACACAGUCAAAAUUUUCUUUCAGUUCAUUUUAGUAUUAAUCAUGGACUAGUAUCCAUAUAUACAGAUGUCAAGGAGGCGGGAAACAUUAUAGAAAACAAACAUGGUGAAUUCUGGCUGGAGAUCAACAAUUGUUCCUUGUUUCUUGUAACAAAAUAUGAAGGUUUUGAUGACAAACACUAUGUCUGCCUGCAUGCCAACUCUCUGAAUUUAUAUCAUCAAGGUUUACUGGAUGGAGCUGUUCCUACAUCUGAAGUACCAUUGCCAAGUAAAACACAUCCUCAUUGGUUAGAACCAACCAUUUAUUGCUCCGAGGAAGGUGCAGUCAGUAAACGUUCUGGUGCAGAUACUAUAGGAGGCGAGAGUUUUAAUAUGUUAUCUGCUGCCCUGAAAAUCCAGUCAGAUAAAUCAGAGAGUAACAUAAAGGCCUUUCUUAUUGCGGUCGGAUUAAGAGGAGCUACACUUCUGCACAAAGUUGUUCCCUCAGGUCGAAGCUGGCAUGAACAGAUUUUGGACUUUUUGAAUGUUUCUGAUGAGCCUGUACUAGGGUAUACACCUCCUUCUUCACUCACUACAUUCCACAUUCACCUUUGGAGCUGUGCUGUAGACUACAGGCCAUUGUAUCUACCACUACGAUCUAUACUUACUGUAGAAACAUUUAGCAUAUCCAGUAGUUUUGCAGUGGAUAAAUCAUCUUCCAUUCUGAGAAUAAUUCUGGAUGAGGCAGCCUUGUACUUGUCUGAUAAAUGCAACACAGUGGCAGUGAAUCUGAACAGAGAUUAUGUCCGUGUUGUAGACAUGGGACUUCUGGAGUUAACAAUAAUCGCUGUAAAGCCACAUACUGAUGGAGAAAAGUGUAAACCACGGUUUGAGCUGCAGUGUUCCAAUGAUGCAAUCCAUAUUCGAACCUGCUCAGAUUCUUGUGCUGCACUAAUGAACCUCAUUCAGUACAUGGCAAACUAUGGUGAUUUACAUCCACCCAGCAAAAUGGAACAUGUCAAUGGGACUAACAAGCAGCGAGUUCCUGAUAGGACUGAGAAGAUGACAACUAGGACAUCUACUCAGGGUCCACUUCUUCCAGAGGCAGAGCAGCAAAUUUUGCAGGAUUUGAUGAGCGAUGCAAUGGAGGAGAUAGAAAGUGAAGUGGUACCCUUAGCUUCAGAACCCCAAAUGAAUGGGUUUCAGAUGCCAAAGAAGGAAGUUCAGGAGCCAUCCUGCUCUGAUCUGUUUCUUUUUCCUGAUGAAAGCGGGAAUGCAUCUGAAGAAACCAGCCCCACCUGUGCCGCCUUCAGUCAUCACUUGAUGUAUGAUGAUGUGAGAGAAGUGCCUUCUGAAAGUGAUGAUUUUUGCAUUCUUGAUGCACCAAAGACCACUGCUUCUGAAAGAGAAGAAGAGCCAGUUGUAAGGAAACUGAUUGAAGGACCAGUCCAGGUACAGGAGAACUAUUUCACAAUUCCAUUGGCGAGGACAGACUCGACAAAGGCACCGCUUCACUUUCCAGUACCUCAAAACCGAUACACAGUGAAGGAGAUUUCUGUUAUAUGGCAUCUGUAUGGAGGAAAGGAUUUUGGACCUGCACCUGUUAAUGUCUUCCCAUCCAAAAGUUCUGUAAGCAGUCCUCGCAGUUCUCCAUCUCACACACCAACAAGACGUGGGGGAACUUGCACUCAUGGUGGCAAGGGAAGAAACCCAGAUGUACUGAUGGAAAUCCAGCUUAGUAAGAUAAAGUUUUUGCACGAGUUUUACCCGCAGGCAGUAUCAGAUGAUGAUUCAAACUUACCUGAGAAACCAGUAUCCCGACAAGUAUUUAUUGUCCAGGACCUUGAAAUAAGAGAUCGCCUAGCUUCAUCACAAAUGAACAAGUUUCUUUAUCUGUACUCCAGCAAAGAGCUACCAAGAAAAGCACAUUCAAACAUGUUAACAGUAAAGGCCUUGCACAUGUGUCCAGAGCUGGGUCAGGUGCCACAGGAAUGCAAUCUACGUGUAACCGUGAUGCCACUUCGCCUUAACAUCGAUCAGGAUGCUCUGUUCUUCCUGAAAGAUUUUUUUACCAGUCUCGCUGCAGAAGUGGAGCUUAUGGCUCCUCCAGAUCCAGAAGUAAAAAAAGCUCCUGGUGCUGAUGUAACUUGCAGUUUACCCAGGCAUCUCAGCAGCUUAAAGACACAGCAUCCAGACACUUUCCAUAAGGAGCAAAAACCGUCUGGUCAAAGUAGCAUGACUAAUUCUGCUGGUAGCAUUAACGGAGAACCAGAUGGAGCCAUCCCUGCAGCAUCCUCAUGCAAUGAGCAGCCAGUCUUUUUCAGAGAGUUUAGAUUUACUUCAGAAGUGCCAAUCAGACUUGAUUACCAUGGAAAGCAUGUGUCAAUGGACCAGGGUACUUUUGCUGGGAUUUUAAUUGGACUUGCUCAGCUGAAUUGCUCAGAAUUGAAGCUAAAAAGACUGUACUAUCGACAUGGCUUGCGAGGUGUAGACAAGUUGUUUUCUUAUGCAAUUAAUGAAUGGUUAAAUGACAUCAAGAAAAAUCAGCUGCCUGGAAUUCUAGGAGGAGUAGGCCCUAUGCAUUCUUUGGUACAGUUAGUUCAAGGUCUGAAGGACUUGGUAUGGUUGCCUAUUGAACAAUACAGAAAAGAUGGUCGCAUCAUACGAGGCUUUCAGCGAGGAGCAGCUUCAUUUGGAACAUCCACAGCAAUGGCAGCUUUGGAACUAACAAAUAGGAUGGUGCAGACAAUACAGGCAGCAGCAGAAACAGCCUAUGACAUGGUUUCACCAGGUCCUAAUGGUCUUGACUCAAAACAAGUCAAGCGUUACUCUCUUAACAGACUAGCUCAUCAGCCUGUUGACCUUCGGGAAGGUGUUGCUAAAGCAUACAUUGUUGUCAAAGAGGGAAUUACAGACACAGCACAGACAAUCUAUGAAACUGCUGCACGUGAGCAUGAACAUCGAGGAAUGACUGGGGCUGUUGGGGGUGUGCUACGUCAGAUCCCUCCUGCGGUAGUGAAACCUCUCAUUGUUGCAACAGAAGCCACAUCCAAUGUCUUGGGUGGAAUGAGAAACCAGAUCAGACCAGAUGUCCGGCAGGAAGAGUCACAGAAGUGGCGAGUAGGAGAUGAAUAAGAGUACUCAGCAACUAGAAUCAUAAUCAUCAGAAGGAAUCACACCCAUAAGCCCAGCCAAGUUUUAAUUCACUGACUGAAAUAAGUUACAGUUUAUAGUGCACCUGUAAAUGCUUUCAGUAAAUGUAGACUAAAUUUUUGUAAACCUCUAGUGUCCAUUACUUGACAGUAAUGUCAUUAUGAGAAUUGUAACAUAACUAAACCGAAGGAACAUUUUGAGAUGUAAAUCCCAGACACCGAAUGGAGAAGUUCUGAAGGGCAAAUAACUUUCACUGUCGGACCAUCCUUUUUGUAAGCUGUAUGAGCCUGAGAUACAGAACAGCUGUCUCCGUUACAUGCAAAUGCUAUGAUAUUCUGGUUUAACAGAUUUGUUACAUUGGUCGUCCAUUUUCAGACAUAAUAGGAUAUAUAUCAGUGAAUACAGUUUCAUUCAGACUAGUCAGACAAGUUCUGAUAUGUUGCACUUUAAAGCUUUUUGCCUGUACAAUGUGUAUAUUUAUAGUGCUAAUAUAAUGUAAUGUGCUAUAUUGCUGUGUUGAUAAAUAAAAAUUGUUAUUAUUACA